AAAACGUUUUUUUUUUUCUAGAUAGAGCUUAAGAUAGCAAGAAAACCAUAUUUCCAGAAAUUCCGCUAGAGAUUCAUUCUUUUUCCCAAAUUUUUUUUAAAGGAGAUUCUCCUCAUAAAGUAGAAAAUCUCUGACAAUAUAAGCCAUAUCACAUUUUCACUUAAUACUGUGUACUGUAUUUAUAACCUUAUUUACAAUCAAUCAAAUACAUAUUUCAAUUUGACAAUUUUGAAAAAUCUAUUUAUUAAAGUACGUGAACUUGUUUAAAAAUUAUGGAUAAUAAUGUGAACAACAACAAUGCCGAAAUCAGAGCAUUUGAGACAUAUUCCGAUACGACUGGUUGGGGGUUUUAUAACAGAUUUACCAUUGGAAUGCUUUGCAUGAGCGCCCUAGUAAAUUCAUUGUCGUAUGUUGCUUUGCCAAUGGCUUUAGCGGUGUCUAAUUGUAACAUGCUUACUGUUCCUAUAUCCAUGGUGCUUAAAAUUUUUACCAGUUUUUUCCUAGGACGAAGCAUUGGAGGUCUAAUUACCAGUUCAAUCUGCGACAGAUACGGCAGAAAGAAAUAUAUGAUCUAUGGUCUGAUAUGCAUGUUCAUGUCACUUUUCACCAUGUCUUUUGCGUACAGUGGCUACGUCAUCAACACAGCCGUCAUUUUUUUGGGAGUAGGAGUGGAAAGUACCUCGAUCACGGCAAAGUUAUUAGUGGCCGAAAUGCUACCUAAAAAUCGAAGAGGACUCUACAUAGUAUUAUACGACUUUUUUUGGAUCCUUGGAUACAUUAUUACAACCAGUCUAGUAAUAUUAUUGGAAACCUCCGUAUUGAUAGCCAUGACCAAAGACCCGGACAGUCUGGCAACGUGGCGCAUUAUCCUAGCCAUUUGCGGGGGUUUUAACCUAGUCAUAGCUUGCGCCUGCGCACUUCUAGAAGAGAGCCCUCGCUAUAUCCUGCACUCGGGGAGGACAUACCUGGCAUACCUCAUUUUAAAACAAGUUUACGCCAUCAAUAACUCGUGUUACGCCGACUAUUACAAGGUCAGAGAGGAAAGUCUGAGAAAUCUAGUAAAAGGAUACGAUCUGACGUAUUCGGAACCGGCAGAUACUUUGGAAAUGCUAAAAAGACUAUGUUGCAGGACUUGGAAUGCUGUAAAAAUGUUAUUUUCGAAGAAAUAUCGUUGUAUAACACUUAUACUCAUCUGUAUUAAAACCCCUAUAAUAAUCAUGGGAUUUUUCCACCUGAACGCGGUUUGUUCCAAGAUCCUAACCGCAAAUUCAUUGGGUGUUUCCCCGAAAACACUUACCGGUACCAAUUUUCUUUACCCAAUUUACCAUGAGAUGUCGUUGAACGAGUCCAACAUUACUGAACCGAACAUGUGCGCAGUAAACGAGGAAUCGGAGUUGUACUAUCGAUAUUUUCUCUUACUAACGGGUGCAAUGUUGCCGGGUGUCGUUUUUUCUCUCGUACUUAUCGAAAUUUUGGGGAGAAAACCAAUUCUAUCUGUAUGUUCGCUGGUAUCCAACAUUUGUUUUUUAAUAUUGUGUUACUUGAACCUUGAAGAACUCAACUUAGUUUGGUACUCCGUCAUUUUGGGCUGCUCAGUUGCCAUUUUUUCAACUAUAUCUGUCGUUAAUAUAGAAUCGUACCCCACAGCUAUAAGAGCAACCGCGCAAGGAGUGACGUCAUUUUUUGGACAUUUUCUCUGCAUGUUUGUCUUCAAUUUUAUCAUGGUUGAACCAUCCAUAUUAUUCCUGAUAAUGGGGGUAGCUUCUUUUGGUAGUUUUAUUGGUACGUUUUUUCUACCCGAACUGAAAUCUACGCCUAUGGCCGAAUAAAAUGUAUAUAUCUCCAUUUUUUAAAUAAAAUUUUAUCCAAAAAAA